UUCUAGGUUAGGCACAUGGUAAUUUUUCUGCGUUUCGUAUAUAAUUAUUUUCCAGUCGAAAAAAACACCCAUUUCGUUAUUCACAGUAACAAUAACAACCAUAACCAUGACGGCUACCUCCGCCGAAACCUCUCUAACAAACUAAACUCCGCCGCAGCUCCUCUUCUCCGCGACUCACUUCCGGCGUCCAACCACCGUCACUUCCAGAUAACAGCUUCCGCAAAAAUGGAAUCCUCGAAGAAUCAAUACGAAUCCCUCUCUUCCAUUGAUGAAGACGAUUCUAACAAAUGCACCGAUUUCUACGAUAUCUAUGGUCCUGAGGCUAAAGCAGAAGUUGUUUUCAAGUCACCAGAAGAAGAUAGAUCAACUCUGAAUCUCGCUGAUGUUCAAGGACUUGUAACUUGGGUUCUCGGCGAAGGUUUCAUGCCAUCUUGGGUUUUUAUCAAGAAUAAACCUCUUAUUCACAAAGUGGUUAUGCUCUAUAUGCCCGCCCUGGAUGCAGCUUUGUACUUGUCACUGUCCAGAUCGCUUCCUAAUUUAAAAAAGUCGUGUGGCAAACCACGACCGGUCCUUGCUCUCAGCUGUAUAUCAGAUAAUAUGCAGACAAUAGACGCACUACUAACAUGCAGGCAGAAAAGAAAAAGGGAUCUAAAUGCUUCAAUUAUUCUAAAAUCUACUCAGACAUCACAACAAGAAGAAGGCUGUAGUGCUACCCUCAAUCUAUCAUUCACGGAGCUUACUAAAGACAUACCUUUCCCUGUUACAUACUAUACACUAACAGAGAAAGAUCUGGAAGAGAAUGGAUAUCCUAUUAAUAAACCAGAUUUUCUUUCUACUCUUCCCGCUCCUCCGGGGUCUCCUUUUCAUGAGAUGGUAGCAGUUGACUGUGAGAUGUGCAUAACAGGUGAGGGGUUUGAGCUGACGAGAGUUACUCUCGUGGAUGUCAAAGGACAGGUUUUGUUAGAUAAAUUGGUUAAACCUUCAAAUCCUAUCACCGAUUACAAUACACGAUUUAGUGGAAUAACUGCUGAGAUGUUAGAUGGGGUGACAACAAGUCUGACAGACAUUCAGAAAGAGUUUCAGAAACUGGUUUACCAAGAAACUAUUCUUGUUGGGCAUUCUUUGGAAAAUGAUUUAUUAGCAUUGAAGAUAUCACAUGAUUUGAUCAUUGACACGGCAGUAUUAUACAAACACCCUCGAGGGUCUUCCCAUAAAUCUGCUCUUCGGUUUCUUACUAAAAGAUUUCUUUCAAGAGAGAUACAACAAUCAGGGAAUGGACAUGACAGCAUUGAAGAUGCUAGAGCUACCUUGGAAUUGGCAGUAUUGAAGAUCAGAAAUGGGCCUGACUUUGGUGCUCCUCCAUCCCUUAUGCGGAAAAAGCUCCUUUCCAUUUUGAGUGAGUCUGGCAAAAAUUCUUCAGUGAUUGAUGAUAUAUCCAUUGUAAAACGAUUUGCCUCGGAGUCCUCUAAUGCAAUUCCAGUGACAUCUGAUGAAGAAGCACUUGCAAAAACCAUCCAGGAGUUGAAGAAUGAAAAGGUGCAUUUUAUCUGGACUCAGUUUUCAGAGUUACACUCAUACUUGAAGAAACAAGCUGAGGAUUCAGAUAGCUUGAAUAAAAAAAUUGCAGAGAUGAUUGCAUUACAUACAUGUCAGAAGAGUAAUUCAAAUGGGAAAGGCCUCAAGCCGAAUAUAUCUUCUGAACUGAAGGAAAUUGUUACUCGCAUGGAUAAUAAAAUUCAUAAACUGUAUAAGUCAUUACCAACAAAUGCUAUGAUGAUAGUUUGCACCGGUCAUGGAGACACAGCAGUUGUUCGCAGGUUGAGGAAAAUGCUUGAGGAGGAGGGUGAAAGUAAUUUUGGUCGUGAGAAGAUUUUGGAAAGCUUGCAAGAGUUUCAAGCUAGAGCUGAAGUAGCCUUGUGUUUUGUAGGUGUAAAACACUGAUUAUAGAAGAAUUCCAAAUGAACUUAAAGCUGAUUUUUAUAACUUGGGGCUAUUGGCUGUAUUUUUUUUGUUAACGUUCUAAAUGUAAAUACUUGCUAGGUCACUUGACAAGAGCUCUAAUGUGUUGAAAUUUUGAAGAUCAGGGUCCUAAAGUGUUGUACUUAA